CCCCAUGGACUCGUGGGCGCCGCAGAACCUUUUAGCAUCUCCGGAGGGGGAGAGGCGAAGUGCGAGGUUUUGUGGCCAGGAGCGCAAGCCUGCACCUCUUUCUGCACGCAAGUCUGCAGCCGCCAAAACUCUCAACCGCCACGACACCCAAAACGACCGUUGUGUACGUGUUAUUCUUAGCACCUAGUGACUGUAUCUGGAAAUGGAAAAUGGAAACACGAGGAAUGGGGGUAUGGCGGUACUGGGGAAUGGAAACCGGAACCUAUCUUCCGUCUCUGAAGAUCAAAAUAUCGAAGAGGUUGCAGGACCUGAGGAACCGGAGGUGGUCACUUGUAUGGAGACUGAGGAGGGAUUGGAACUGGGAAUGGAAGUAUGUACGUAUGACAGUAUGGGAAUGGGACUGGAGUGCGACGAGGAGAUACUGACGGCUUCCAGUCUGGAACGUGUUGCUAAAUCCGUGGAGGGAAGCAAAGAGGGGGAGGGAGGGAGAGAAAGAAGUCUGCCUUUCAACUCGCCUCAAAACUGCCGCAGCAAUUCAACUUCUCCAGAUACUCAACACGACUUAACCCCUUCGUCUCAACCGCAGUGUUUAACCCUUUCAGAUCCACAGGAAAAUUUAACCCUCUCCAGUCACGGUCUGCAAGACUACAAGCAAUUCUCUGCAGACGAAUCUUCAUCAGCCAUCGAUGAAUCUUCCCAGUUAUCUCAAUCUGACAGCACCUAUUGUCAGAGCCACGCCUCCUCGGUGACAUCAUCUACUUCCGACGUCGGGGUGACCGAAGAGGAGGAAGUGGGCAGAGCUACCGAGGAC